GUGUCGUGUUCUACUUUCAGUACCAUUUGCUAUUCUCUAGUAUUAUUGACACCUCUAGAGACACCUGAAUAAUUUCCACCUAGAAUCAACUGCGGUCCCUGAAAUUAAAAGUUAAAAUCGGGGAAAAAUUGUGAGGAGUUUUUAAAAAUUGUGAUUCAAUGCGUCUUAACAACCGGCGAGUUCAUUAAUAUUUCAGGUGCAAACAGUGAUGUUUCCUGCGCAUUUAAAAUCUUUGUAGAUUAUAUCGAUGUGAAUUUGCGUCACCAAUGGCUCCAAUGGACAAUGAUAAAUCUGCAAUUCAUAGAUGAUAAUAAAAUCACUUGAAAAUAAUUUGCGAGGGGAUUGUUUGUGUCCGGAGCUGAAGACUCGGUCAUCAGGCCACGGCUUAUCUAUCCCUUGAUCUCUCGACCGGAAGUCUGAUAGCAUGAGUGAAUCAGUGAAGGUCGCUGUGAGGUGCAGACCUAUGAACCAGAGGGAGAAGUCCUCUGGCUGUCAGAAUAUAGUAUCGGUGGAUCCAAUCGCGAAGACCUGCACCCUCGAGGGUUCAACAGGUGGUGGAAAGUCGUAUCAAUUCGACGCGGCAUUUGGUCCAGACAGCACCACCGAGAAAGUGUACGAAGACGUGGGUUCAGUUGUCGUUGAGGCAGUCCUUGAAGGAUACAAUGGAACAGUUUUUGCAUAUGGCCAGACAGGCUGUGGAAAAUCGCACACGAUGCACGGAUUCGUGGAGAAAACCCUGGAGCACAUCUUCGAGGCGACAUCGACGUCUUCAUCUGACACCAGAUAUUUGGCACUGCUAUCGUACCUGGAGAUCUACAACGAGAGAUUGCGGGAUCUUUUGCAGGAUAAUCAGGUGGAGGGUGUCCUUCAACUGAAGGAGGACCCGUCGAGAGGGACUUAUGUUGCUGGAGGACUUCGAGAGGUGACUGUCAAGGAUGCUACCGAAUGCGCUAGAUUAGUGGAGCAGGGGGAUAGGAGAAGAGCCUUGGCUGCCACCAAAAUGAAUGCCACAUCCUCGAGGAGUCAUGCUGUCCUCACCAUUUCAUUGGAGGCACUGGCCAUGGGGGAGGACACACAAAAGACAGGAGCUGCGGUGCGACGGGGACGUCUUCACCUGGUGGAUCUCGCGGGUUCGGAGAGACAGUCGAGGACUGGAGCUGCUGGAGACCGAUUAAAAGAGGCAGCGAGUAUCAACCUGAGUUUAUCAGCCCUGGGGAAUGUCAUCAGUGCCCUGGCUGCUGGUAAUGGACGGCACGUGCCAUACAGAGACAGCAAACUCACGAGACUUUUGAGAGACAGCCUAGGAGGGAAUGCCAGGACUCUGAUGAUCGCCUGCAUCAGUCCCUCAGAUGACAACGGAGAGGAGACACUCAGCACCCUGAGGUAUGCCGCCAGGGCGAGAUGCAUAAAAAAUAAACCGGUGGUGAACGAGGACCCGAAGGACGCCCUCUUGAGGCAGUACCAGCUUGAGCUCCAGAGGCUCAAGAAACUUUUAGAAGGUGCUCGAGACUUUGACGAUGACGAGGAAAUCCAAUCAUCCUCCAUCAGCAAUUUGUCAAGUUAUAACGAGGAAGUGGAGAAGCUGAAGAGAGAGUGUGAGGACUCAAACAUCUCGGCUCAGAGGCUCAGAGAGGAGCUCGAGACCCUCAGGGAAAGAUAUGAGACUGGAAGGGAGAGUUUUGAGGGUAAAGUCUGGACAACCACCACCAGGGAAAUCGAUGAGAAACGACGGAAGAAGAGGGAAGCUGCUAAGAGGGAAGUUAUGAGGCGUCUUGAGCGGCUCACAAUCGGUGGAGAAGCUCAGGGUGAUGCUGAGUUGAGGAGGAGAAGGGAAAGGAGGCGUCGCCGACUGGAAAUUAUUGCUACAGCUCUUGAAAAAAGUGCACAGGAAGGCAGUGGAGGGGCUUUUGAAGUUUAUGGACAGCUCAGGACCACUGAGGAUGCCCUCAAGAGGAUGGCCAAGAGGAAUAAACAACUCGAGGCUGAGGCGCUUGAUCUGCAGGCAUCCUGGGAUGCGGAACGUCGUGAACUUUUACGACGAGAGUUGCUGGCAACGCAGAUAUCCGAAGCUAUGGUACCACAUCUGCGUCCUGGAUGUCCCCUCCGUGAUUUAGCCGCUGUACGUGGUGCAGCUAGUUGGUGCGAUGAAUUAGCUAGAUGGAGAUUGCCAGAUACAUCAUCAAGAAUUCCACUGCCACCUCCACCACCCCUUGACACAAGAUCAAAACCAGAUCACAAUAAUAACAGCGAUGAUAAGAGCAGUGAUGAUGAUAUCAGUCAUAACGAAAGAAAGGAUAUUGUUGGCACUUAUUUCAAGAGAAAUAGAAUUGAUGAACUACUUGCUAGAGCUAGAGAGGCCAAGACAUUUGAAGCAAAUGGGAGACUGAGUAAAUCCGGUGGUUCAGACGACUCCAACAAUUAUCUGCAGCUGAAUGCCCUGAAUCUUCAGUCAAGUGCUCCAGCAGUGGAGGCACCAGGAAAAAUUCCCAGCCAUGUAAUGGGACGUCCAAUAGGUUCUUUCAAUUCCUGGCUGGUCCAGGACACCGCCAGCAGGUCCAUCACCUCCAGCCAAUCCAAGAAAAUACCUCCACGAAUCCUCGAGGCAUUGCCCUCCAGAAUGACCUCCUGACGAGACUACGACGCGAAAGAUCGGCGCUCAUAUCAAUUUUUACGAUAUGUUCUCGACGGACUCCAGUGAAAGUCAUUACGUCUGCUAAGAAAGUUUGCUAAAUCCAAGAGACAAUUAUUUUUUCAUAUUUUUUUAUCCAGCAACAAUUCAAUCAUCAAUCUCUUUGGAGAUGAUUUUUAUUCCUCCAAAGGUCAGACUACAAUCGCACUUCGGGGAAUCGUUGUUUAAUCCAUCUGUCAGGCUUCAAAGAAAAUUAUUAACGAUUUCGUAAACAAGUGCUAAGUGAGAAUUUCCAUCGGAGAGGUGCAAAAAAUUCCAUGAAUGAACAAACAAGUGCUUGAUUACAAGAUAUUCAUGUCCUUUUGUGGUACUUUUAUCGUUUUACGAGGGUAAUUAUCUCACCUCAACGACUCGAGUGUUUCUUUUUCGAUGAAAAUAUUGUUGUAUGUCGGUACAUAAAUUUAAGAUAUUUGCCAAAGAUUUUGGGUUUUCUUUUUAGUUUUUUCAAACCUCUGAUUAUUGUUAUUAUUAUUAUGAAUCCAUGAGUUCUCUAAAGAGCAUUGCAAUUUCAGGGGCAUCGCGUGUUCCUGGGACGACUGCCCACUUCCUGCAAUUACAGAGGAAAAAAUUCAAUGAAAAUUCAUAGAAAAUAGGUGCAUGUGGUUUUAGGAAAAUUUUAUCCUGGAAAAAGUCAAUCUAUGAAAAGUUCUGCCACCUGCACGUAUCCUGCACACACCCUGAACUAUUCCUUUUUCUAGGCCGAAAAAUUUGUAAACCAAUGAAUCAGUCGUGGAAAUUCAACAUUAGUUUUUCAAUAUCAACAAAUACCUAUUAAGUUUUAACAAUCCUUCCCGUUGAUCUUUACAAAAUAUUUUUCUCCGUGCAGAAGAAAGAAAUAAUGUUCAUAUGACGAAAUUAUAUCGUAUCGUAUGCAGUCGAUUUACAAUAGAAAAAUUGACGAACAACAAAUAUUACUUCUGAAUGCAUAUAAUUAUUUUUUUUAAUUACGGGAUAAUUUAUGUGGGGAAAAAUUCUCGAAGCGUUAUAGGACACUCAUUGGACUUGGGACAAAGACUGUGUGGUGACCACCAGCGCCUUAGUAUAAACCUUCCGAGAAACAAUUUUGGAUCUGAGCGACAUUUGCCUGCUAUUGUUUACAAUAAACAAAUGCCGAAUGACGAAUGAUGUGUUGGAGUUUUUCUCCACUAGGAAGUGGAGAUGAGAGCAGUUCGCCUAGCACCUCGGCCGAGAGCACAUCCAGCUACUUUAACCAAUAUUAACUGAGAUAUAUAUUUCUGUUUGCGUUUGUCUUGAUUUUAUAUAUUGUUAACCAACUCUCCGUUACUUUUACCAGUAUAAAUUAUAGAAGAGGAUAUUUUACUGAGGUGGAGUGUUUUGAAAUAUACUCUCAAACCCCUUUAGAAUUUUACUUCUUACAUUUAAUAACGUAACCACAAAAUUAACAUGAAUGAAAGACUUUUCUUUAGUCGCUCGGAAGACAUGUCUUAACCUCAUCGAUGCCAUAGCAAAAUUAACUAAAUUAACAAAGGGAUCCAGCACCCUGGACCUCAAGUGACGUUGUGAUAUAAGAUAUCAUUCAUUCGAGUCUGUUUGGGCUAAAAGAGAAAACGUAACCAUCAUCGUUCAUACUUAUCAGAAUUCCAGUCAAUAAAAAUGUUCGUGUUGGAAAUAUUUUCGAUGUUAAAACGAACAAGAGACCUGUUGUGACAGAUCAGAGGGAAUAAUGGAAACAUUUAGGCUGUUUAUACGAAACAGCCCAACACGUGGACCAACCCCAUAGACAAAGGGCCUUGUCUAAUGGGUAGACCUGACACCCUGGACGAUUUGGUGACUGAGGACACUUGGAGACGAACUCUCGAGCAAGCAACAUUAAAUUUACCACAAUCAACCCAGCUUAUAUUAUAUCGAGUCUUUAAACCAAAGUUUAAUUGUUAACAAUAAAUGGAAGAUCGGAUUAAUUAAUUAAAAUAAUCGUUAAAUAUUUAGUCCCUUACAUUCGUCACUAUUGAAUACAAAUAUAGAGUGAAAAAUAUAAAAUUCAUUUUUGCCUGGUAUCAUUUCAAACAGAAAUUCAACAUUAUUUAACACUAAUGACAACGAUGGUUAAUAAUUUUGCAUAAAUUAUUGUAUAGAAUAUUCGUAGAAAUUAAAAUAUUGACCAUUUACAAGAACAAAGAAAGAAAGAAGGAUUUGAAUGGCUGUAGGGGUUAAACGGUAAGAAAUAGGGAUGAAAUGCCAAAUAUAUUUUUUAUGCAGAAUUUUUCGAUCUUCAAGUUAUUAUUCGACCAU